UCACCCCUCACUCUGUUUCUCUUCAAUAUCAAACCCCUCUCUCCCUCUUAACUCAAUGCUCCCAUGAUGAUACUCAAACAACCCUCGUCAUUUCCAUGUCCUCUCUUUCUCUUCCUCUUUCUCAUCACAUCCUCUGUUUCCUCAUUCCUCUCCCCCACCGCCGCCCCGACCUCCUCCCCAUUGCCGCCUUCGUCCUCCUCGACCCUCGACCCGAAGCAACUUAGAGCCCUUCAAUCCCUUAACAUUCCCACUUCUAGAGACCCAUGUUCGCCGUCCUCUCUUCGUAAUGUCACUCUCUGCGACUCCUCUGCCCCCUUCCGCCACCUUCUUUCCCUACGCCUCGCCAACUGCUCCGACGACGUUGCUUUGUCCUUCACUGCCCUCAAAUCCCUCUCCACUCUUCAAUCUUUCCAGUUCCUCAACUGCCCCAUUUCCCCCAUUCGCUUCCCUUCUGAUCUCGCCACUUCCCUCCGCUCCUUCACUUGCAUUCGCAGUCUCCGUAAGCUUACUGGCGUUUGGCUUAGCCGCCUCCGGAACCUCACUGAUCUCACUGUUUCCCAUGUCUCUAUUACUGCCUCUGGCCCUUAUGUCAUUGUUGGCAAUAUGAAAUCUCUCAGGUCUCUUACCGUUUCUCACGCCAAUCUCACGGGUUUUGUUCCUAAACACCUCAAUCGGAACCUCACCCAUGUCGACUUUUCCGGCAACAAGCUCAGGGGGAAAAUACCCACCUCCAUUACAUUGCUUGAAAAUCUCGAGACCUUGGAUUUAUCGUUAAAUUGGCUCAAGGGCGAGAUCCCCUCUUCAAUUGGGGACUUGAUUUCGCUGCAAAACUUGUCGUUAGCAUCCAACUCACUGUCGGGAUCGAUCCCGGAGUCUUUUUCAGCCAUCCCAGGGCUAGUUCAUAUUGAUUUGGGUUCAAACCAGUUGAAUGGGACCAUUCCCAGGUUCAUUUCUGAAAUGAGAAGCUUGAAGUACUUGAAUCUGGAGAACAAUGAGUUUCAUGGGGUAAUUCCUUUCAACGAGUCAUUCAUCAAGGGGUUAGAGGUGUUCAAGAUUCAGGGGAAUAACAAUCUAUGUUAUAACCAUUCGAUAUUAUCGUCAAAGUUGAAGCUCGGCAUUGCUCCUUGUGACAAACAUGGUUUGCCGAUAUCCCCACCGCCGGCUAAAGACGACGGCGACGAUUCAAUGGCGGAUGAUAGUGGGAGUGAUUAUGAUGGGAAUGAUGUUAGUCACAAGGAGGCUAAUCAUCAUCACGGGCCCAACAAGGUAGUUCUUGGAGUGGCAAUUGGGCUUUCUUCCUUGGUAUUUCUCAUUGUUUUCUGGAUUCUCUUGUCCAAGUGUUGUCGUUGAGAUUAUUUCUCAUUAUCCCUCAUUGUUUUCUCGGUUCUCUUGAAGUUGGAUUAGAGUUAGAAGCAUCAUUGUUUAAUUACACACAUAUUACACUUGUCAAUGGGAUUUUUGUUCAAUGAUUUAUUUAUUUUCUCAGCUUUAUGGAGAAAUCUCUCUAAAAAAAAUGUAAUUCAUAAUGAGAGAAAUGUUAUCUUCAGUUUUG